CAGGAAAAUCAGAGUGGAUGAUUCUAGAAAGAUCCAUAUCAACCUUGUGUUUGCCUUGAUCUUCCUCAAUUUACAUUUUUUACCCAAUGAGACGGUCGCAACAUCUUCCUCAUCAGGCCUUUGCCUUUACAUGGCUCUUGCUCUUCACUACUUUCUGUUGGCCACCCUCUGCUGGAUGGCCUUGGAGGGGUUCCACCUCUACCUUCUCAUAGUCAAAGUCUUCAACAUUUAUAUCAGUAGAUACCUGCUGAAAGUCAGCGUGAUUGGAUGGGGAGUUCCAGCAGUCAUUGUAUCAAUUGUGUUGUCUAUAAAUAAGGAGUAUUAUGGAUGCGCAAAGUUGACCAACAGGAGUAUGUGCUUCAUAACUGACAGUAAAGUGAGGCUGGUGACCACGCUGGGACCGUUCGCCCUUUUGUUCAUCUUUAACACUGUCAUGUUUUCUAUGACUGUGAAGUAUCUAAUAACUAACCAGCAUCAUAAAGAGUUUGGACAAAUGAAAAAUAACAGAAUGCAGGACACAGUCAUGCUGCUGGCACUCAUCACUCUGCUUGGCCUUGGCUGGGGCUGCUUCUUCUUCACAUUUUGGCGCCAGGCGACUCCUCUCCUCUACAUCUUCUCCACUGUCAACUCACUGCAAGGUUUCUUCAUAUUUCUCUACUUUGUGUUGACUCUGAGGAAGAUCAAAGACCCAGAAACGACAACUGGAAAUAAAACAAACUCUUAGGGCUUUUAAACUAUUAGAAGUUAGAGCUUGCUGCUCAAUAGAGCUGCAUUUGAAUAAUAUAUACUGUAAUGUUUUUUUUAUGCUUAAGUGGAUGUUGUAUUUUUAAGUUGUUUUUUGUCCAAGCCAAUAGCCAGUGGCCAAGUGGCCUAAUGUCAGAUUAUGUCAUGUGUUCCUUAUUAUAGUUUUAGUGAUAAGUUUCUAUUUUAUACGUGGUUUAAAAAUUGUAUUCAUUUAUAAAUUGUUGGACCCAAAAGAGGGAGAGCUGGGUCUCAACAUGUGAGGGGGGGAAACAGAAAUGUGAGGACGUGUAGCAGGUUAAGGUGAUCAAGGACAAAGCUGGAAAAGUGUUGUUAAGUUAUUGUUUUCUCCUGUCACUAGUUUGAUUGAUUUCAACUGUUCUGUAGCUGUUUCAGGGAUUUCCUGUCUUCCUGUUUGAGUCAGAGGAUUUUAUUUGUUAAUUUUCUUGUAUCACCUUUUUUGUAUUCCUUGUAUUGACCCAGUCCAAUGAAAACUGUGUUUUUCUGUGUUUUUAACGUGUUCUUGGGGUAUUUUUCUCAUGAUAGAGGAGACGUUUAAAGGAAUUGCAGCUUAAAAUUGCCUUUCUGAGAAUUUCUGUAUUCAUAUCACCGUGAAUCAGGAGUUACUACGGCAAGCCACAAGCCACUCUGCUCUGCCCCAUUCUGCAUCCGCUUGUAUACAAAUAGAUCCAUACGUCUUCAUUGACCUCAUCCAAGCUGGUCUCUGGCUCCAAACUGUACGGCUGGAUGGCUCCAUUAUUGCUCACCAUUUCUGUUUCACCACUGAUGUUAGGUUGGGGGUGUGAGGGGCUGUAAGCCAGGGGGAGAGCACGUAAACAGAUGGAUGAUUCGUAGAGACCGGCCUCACUCUGCACCAACACAUGAGUGUUGUGUAGCAUGUAAAGUGAGUGACACAAGAACCCAGGUUACCUGGAAGUGAGGUAGAUCUUCUGUAUUGCAAUUGCACCAAAGCUUCAAUUUUUGAGUUAGUACAUAAUGUGCACACGUUUAAAUAUGUUUUGAAUCUGCAUAAAUUUUUUGUAUUUGGGAAAAAAAAGGUUUCACAUGCAGGAUUAUUUUGUACUUUUGCAACAUCAAUUUUUUUUUUCCUUUUGGAAAGUAGAUUUUUGACUAAUAAAUAUUAAAACAUGUGAAAAACAUUUACAGCUACAGAUUUUUUUUUCUGUUCAAAAAUAUUACCAGGUACUUAAAGCACCACUUACAACACACAAGUGUUCUUUCUGCAAGAGCAUGCCUGUAAACAGAUACAACUUUAAGAUACAAUUUGGGACUAAGGCUUUAACCCAAGCUGCAAUAAAAAAAACACAGAACUAAAUGUGAGCAGAUUUAAGCUCUAAUAAAAUGUAAACACCACACAAUUGGUUUGAAUAAGAACUUAUUGCUUUAUGAGUUUAAUUAUUGUAUUUCACGAUAUUUACAUUAUUUAUUCUACAUUAAAUGUGUCUUUUAAUCUACUGUGUGGGAUUUGAUGGAUAUAUGGGUCAACAGACAGACAUGUAGUUUCACAAGGGACAUCCAUCCGUCCGUCUAUCCAUCCAUCUAGAAAAGCGGUCCCCAACAGCGGCCCGCAGACCGGUACCGGUCCGUGAGUCACUUGGUACCGGGCCGCACAGAAAGAAAACGUAACUUACAAAAAUAUCUCUUUGAUGUCUUCUUUUGUGUGUGUCACAUUUGUAACUUAGAAGCUGCUGCUGCUC